GCUGGAUAUAUUGAAGCACUUUUGACGCUUGAGCUGCACGUUGCUGCUUCAGUCCGCGCGGAGUGGUUGCUGAUACCAGCUCCACCAUCAUCGCACAGCAUCGAGUCUCUGUCCGGAACCCUCCAUCAUGCAUGGGGGCAAGAGGGGGCUGGUGGCUCCACAAAACACCUUCCUGGAAAACAUUGUCCGGCGCUCCAGCGAAACCAGUUUCCUAUUGGGGAAUGCACAGAUUGUGGAGUGGCCAGUUGUAUACAGUAAUGAUGGAUUCUGCAAGCUAUCUGGAUACCACAGAGCUGAGGUCAUGCACAGAAGCAGCACGUGCAAUUUCAUGUAUGGCGACCUGACCGAUAAAAAAACUAUAGACAAAAUCAGACAAACCUUUAACAGCUACGAAUCCGAUUUCCACGAGGUGCUUCUCUAUACAAAGAAUAGGAAACCAAUAUGGCUUUACAUGCAGAUCGCCCCAAUCAGAAAUGAAAAUGACAAGGUGGUGCUUUUCCUCUGCACCUUUAGAGACAUCACACUUUUCAAACAACCCAUUGAAGAAGAUUCAGCUAAAGGAUGGACAAAGUUUGCCAGGCUCACACGGGCGCUUACCAACAAUCGCAACCUGGUGCAGCAGCUAGCACCACUGAAUAAAACAGAGGUCAGCCACAAACCUUCCAGACUGGCUGAGGCUCUUCAGCUAGGAUCAGACAUUCUUCCUCAGUACAAACAGGAGGCCCCUAAGACCCCUCCACACAUCAUCCUCCACUACUGCACCUUCAAGACCACCUGGGACUGGGUCAUCCUCAUCCUCACCUUCUACACUGCCAUCAUGGUGCCAUAUAAUGUUUCCUUCAAAACCAAGCAGAACAACUUGGCUUGGCUGGUGGUGGACAGCGUGGUCGACGUCAUCUUUCUGAUUGACAUUGUGCUCAACUUCCACACCACUUUUGUGGGUCCAGCUGGGGAGGUCAUAUCAGACGCGAGGCUGAUUCGGAUGAAUUACCUGAAAACGUGGUUUGUCAUUGACCUGCUGUCCUGUCUGCCCUAUGACAUCAUCAAUGCAUUUGAACAUGUAGAGGACGAUGCCGUCCAACAUGCUUCUCCAGCGGGUCAUAUUCGGGAGAUUUCACACUACAGGAAUAUUACGCGAACAGAAGACUCUUUUCUCCCCGGUCUCAGCAGCCUCUUCAGUUCUCUGAAGGUGAUCCGCCUGCUGCGUUUGGGCCGAGUGGCCCGGAAGCUAGAUCACUACUUGGAGUACGGGGCGGCCGUCCUGGUUCUGUUGGUGUGUGUUUUCGGCCUAGUGGCACACUGGCUUGCCUGUAUCUGGUACAGCAUUGGGGACCAUGAAGUAAUUGAUGAGACCACCAACAGCAUUAAAACAGACAGCUGGCUCUACCAGUUGGCUCUUAGUAUUGGAACGCCAUACCGCUACAAUGCCAGUGGAACAGGCCAGUGGGAGGGCGGUCCCAGUAAAGACACCCUAUACAUUUCUUCCCUCUACUUCACCAUGACAAGCCUCACCACCAUUGGAUUUGGCAACAUUGCCCCGACAACAGAUGGUGAGAAGAUUUUCUCCGUGGCCAUGAUGAUGGUGGGCUCAUUGCUGUAUGCAACCAUCUUUGGAAAUGUCACCACCAUCUUCCAGCAGAUGUAUACCAACACAAACCGCUAUCAUGAGAUGCUCAACAAUGUGCGUGACUUCCUCAAGCUUUACCAGGUUCCCAAAGGUCUGAGCGAGAGGGUCAUGGACUUCAUUGUCUCCACCUGGGCUAUGUCCAAGGGCAUUGACACAGACAAGGUUCUUUCCAUCUGUCCUAAAGACAUGCGCGCAGACAUCUGCGUUCACCUCAACAGACAGGUGUUCAACGACCACCCGGCGUUUCGUCUGGCAAGUGACGGCUGUUUACGCUCCCUCGCAGUGGAGUUUCAGACCACUCACUGUGCACCAGGAGACCUCAUCUUCCAUAUUGGAGAAAGCGUUGAUACGCUCUGUUUUGUCGUCUCUGGCUCACUUGAAGUCAUCCAGGACGAUGAGGUCAUUGCAAUACUAGGUAAAAGUGAUGUGUUUGGAGACGUGUUCUGGAAAGAGACCACGCCUGCUCGAGCCUGUGCAAACGUGCGAGCGCUGACUUACUGCGACCUGCACGUCAUCAGGAGGGAAGCUCUGAUGAGGGUGCUGGAUUUUUACACAUCAUUCGCCAACUCGUUCUCCCGCAACCUCAUCCUCACCUGUAAUCUACGGAAAAGGAUAAUCUUCAGAAAGAUUGCUGAUGUGAAGAAAGAGGAGGAGCAUCAGAAGAGCCAGGUGGUGCUCUCUAUCCCUGAUGAUCACCCCGUUCGCAAGUUGUUCCAGAGGUUCAGACAGCAGAGAGAUGCUCAAAGCCCUGGCGAGUCGCCCUCCCACUUUGAUCAUAACUGCGUUCAGGUGGAGACGCAGCAUCGUCACCACAGCGACACACACGCUCAGACUCAGCAUCAGUCUGUGUCUUCUCAUCAGCAGGAGCCCAGCUCUACUGUUCACAACAGCACACCCUGCACAGGAGGGGAGAAUGAAAGCAGCAGUUGCAAUGUGGCUGCACCUCGACAAGUGUCUGUCCAUGCUGAAAAAUCACAGCAAAGCUGCACACAGGCAACUCUUGAGUCUAAAGCAAGGCCUUGUGGUGAGAAUCAGCUUUGUGAGAGAGGUACCAGCAGUGUUGCAGGUGCAGUGGGCACUACAGGUGGUGUCCACGGCAGCAGCAGAGGCGCUCGAGGGUGGGCAAAGUUUAAGAGCGCCACAUCUGCUGAACCAACACGUCCUGCUGUGGAGCAAGAGAAGCAGAAAGCGGAGGAGUGGCCAAAAGCACCACAGCACUCAGAAGAGACCGCUGCUGCCAUCAAGAACCAGGAAACUGAAGAGGGCAGACAGAUGGGGAACACUGAGGGUGACAUCACUGUAGGAGAGGCAGGGAAAGAAACAAGCGUCCUCCACAAGACUGACUCGUGCGACAGUGGCAUCACAAAGAGUGACCUGCGCAUCGAUAGAGCUGGAGAGUCAAGAAGCUCCUUUGAGCGAAGUCCAAUGGCAAGGAGCCCAAUGGAGAGAAAUCCAUUUGAGCACAGUCUGGGGGUUUAUACUGAGGUCUCCCUCAGACAGUCCUUCAUGCAGCCAUCCUCUGAACAAGCUCUGCUUCAAGCCACGCUCCACGAAGCCAAGCUGGAGCUCAAAGGAGACAUUAAGAAACUAAGCAGCCGACUGUGUCUUCUGGAAUCGCAGUUGAGCGAGAUCCUCAGGUUGCUGUCCACGAAAAGGAGAUUCUCACUACCUCCAGCUUCUUCGAAAGCAAGAAUAAAAAGUCAAGACUCAGUCGCCGUCUCCAUACCUGUUGCACAUGAAACUGAAGAUGAGCGCUUUUAAAUUUUCUCACCAAUGGGAUCUGUUAGGAAAAUGGAUUUAGAUGAGCACCCUGCAUGUCCUGCCGGAGUGGAAGAAACUUCCAUUAAAAAUUUGACUGCAUGAAGAAAUCCUUUUUGUGUAACCUUACCAUUACAAAAUCCCAGGGAUUUUUCUAAUAGUCUAAUGAAGCACUUUAGUGGCUGUCUGUUUCAGAUCCCAGAACAUUAAGAAGGUGCAGGAACAAAUAAGUAACAAACAAAACUGUUGUUUCAAGAAAAUUAGCACAUUUUAGACAUUUUUCAAGAAGAAUAGGUCCUAAACUUUUAUGUAUGAAACUCUGAUGAAGGUGCUUGUUAAAACAUGCCAGCCUGAGGAAACAAACUUUGAGUUAAAACUAUUAUCUUCAUCCAUUUACACUAAUUACUCACUUUGUCUCAUAUGCUUUUGUUGCUCAUGAAAGCAACUAUCUUUAGAGUCAGGUGAUAAAAUGUGCCUUACUUUAAUGACGGACAAUCAACCCUUUCAGGUUUUAAGAUGUUUUGUAAUAUAAAUGAAAAUCUGUUAGUUUUUUCCCCUACUUUUUCAAAGUACUGUUAAAACCAGAAGAUAUUGAAAAUAUCUAUGAGCUAUGCAUUAAUUAAAUUAACUCUUUAGAAACCAGUUUUACUGUGCAUGUAAAAAAGGAAUAGCAGGAAUGGCAAUAUACUAUUAGUUUUUAAUCUAAGAUGUAUUUUCCUUGAAUAACAUGGAUAUUUCGGCAGGCAAUCACAGCAAGUGCUCAGGUCUAUUUGUUUGGUAGAAAGGAUGAUCAUAGAUACCAUUUCACUUUUCUGUCUGGCUGCAAAUGACCUUAACUUGUAAGAUGUCAGCAUGUGACUGUUUAGUCAAUUUAGUAACGUUUUUUUUUUUAGUUUAAUAAAUUUAAUCACUUUGUAUGUAUCUGAAGGAAUCUGAGAGUUGUGUUACGAAUAAUGAAAACUGAUGCCUGCUCACCA